GAAAGCUGCAUUGGUCAAGCCAAGUAGACCCUCCAGCCAAUGGGGAGGACUGGGCGACGGCGUUGGCCCAGAGAAAGCCUGAGCCGGCUGGCAAGCACCGCAGAGGCGAUAGGAGACCUGCUACAUCGCAAUCAUGUCUAUUAUGUCCUAUAAUGGAGGGGCCGUCAUGGCUAUGAAAGGAAAGAACUGUGUGGCCAUCGCUGCAGACAGGCGUUUCGGGAUCCAGGCCCAGAUGGUGACCACGGACUUCCAGAAGAUCUUUCCCAUGGGUGACAGGCUCUACAUAGGCCUGGCCGGGCUGGCCACCGACGUCCAGACAGUCGCCCAGCGCCUCAAGUUUCGGCUGAACCUUUACGAGCUGAAGGAAGGUCGGCAGAUCAAGCCUUACACCCUCAUGAGCAUGGUGGCCAACCUCUUGUAUGAGAAACGGUUUGGUCCCUACUACACCGAGCCCGUCAUUGCUGGGCUGGACCCGAAGACCUUUAAGCCCUUCAUUUGCUCUCUUGACCUCAUUGGCUGCCCCAUGGUGACUGAUGACUUUGUAGUCAGUGGUACCUGCUCCGAACAAAUGUACGGGAUGUGUGAGUCUCUCUGGGAGCCCAACAUGGAUCCAGAACACCUGUUUGAAACCAUUUCCCAGGCCAUGCUGAAUGCUGUGGACCGGGAUGCCGUAUCAGGCAUGGGUGUCAUUGUCCACAUCAUUGAAAAAGACAAGAUCACCACCAGGACACUGAAGGCCCGGAUGGACUAACCCAGUUUUCCUUUUGUUGUUUUUCUUUUUAAUAAAAUCGCCUCUUUCACUCC